AUGGCCUGGCCGUCGACUUCGCAGCCUCUGACUUCGAUGCGACCUUUGCGCCGCCAAUGCGUCUCUGCUUUCUCCUACACCAGACUGUACUCGGAACAGACUUCACCGGAUACCAAGGCUGGCCAGACAAAACCUAAGGAUGGUUCGCACAUUGGGGAGAAGCAGCAGGCUGGAUCGAAAGCACCUACAUAUGUUCACAGAGGUUCAGCCAUCAACUUUGCGAUCGGCGAUAAAUAUCGCAUCAGGGAGCCCCGCGAAGGACCUCCCUUGUCAGCGGAGAACUGGGAGGACCACCCGAACGCCAGGCUCGAAGAGUUUGACGAGCUUCCUUACGAGCUCUUCGGCACCAAUCAACACAUUGAGUUCCACGCCGAAUUCAAAAAGGAGCUCACUCGACUGCUCCGAUCUUACCGUGCUCCCAUCAUGUAUGCCUUCGCCUACGGGUCCGGAAUCUUCCCGCAAGCCAAACCGAACCGCCACGUUAGCGAUGAGGAAUAUCGCAGCGUUCAUCCCAAGCCGUCACAGGCAUUGAAGGAGGUGCAAGCCUCUGGGCCCAAGUCCAUUGAUCUCAUCUUUGGUGUGACCCACACGCAGCACUGGCACAGUCUCAACAUGCGACAGCAUCCCGAGCACUAUUCUUCGCUCGCCAAGUUUGGAUCUGGUCUCGUGUCCACGACACAGGAGCGUUGGGGCGCUGGCGUCUACUUUAACCCGUACGUCAUCCAGAACGGUGUGCAGAUCAAAUACGGCGUCACGUCGAUUGACAAUCUUUGCACUGAUCUUUCUUCGUGGAAUAAUCUCUACCUAGCAGGCCGUCUCCAGAAGCCGGUUAAGAUCCUGCGUGACCACCCUCGAGUCCGCCUUGCUAACCAGGCGAACUUGAUCUCGGCUGUCCGGACCGCACUACUGCUUCUUCCACCGCAGUUUACCGAGAAUGAGCUCUACUCCACCAUCGCUGGCCUUUCUUACCUUGGCGACCCGCGUAUGGCUCUCCCGACAGAAUCUCCGAGCAAGGUCACCGACAUUGUCACGCACAACAUGACCUCGUUCCGGAAACUCUAUGGUCCGCUAUUGGCCACUCUGCCCAACGUCGACUUUACUGCGACAACACCCGACAAUGCCGAUCCCGACGCCAACGCAAAGUUGUCCCAGGACAUGGACCCGACGAAGCGUGCCAACAUGGUCCGGCGCCUGCCUUCCACCUUCCGCUCCCGCCUUUACUUCCAGUACCAGAAGAAGUUCAUGAUGCCUCGCGGGGAGUUCCGUGCCCUGAUGGAGGCUUCCAAGGACGACGGCGAGGAGUCGUUCAAGCGCCGCACGGGCGGCGGCUUUGAGCGCCGUAUCGUCCAGGACGACCCGGCAGAGCUGCAAGAGAUCAUCCGCAAGGUCAUCCGCCAGACGGUCAACUGGCCCGCCACGGCGCAGACCAUCAAGGGCUUCUUCACAGCGGGCAUCCGGCGAUCCUUGCGGUACGUGUACGAGAAGUGGAUCAAGUUCCGCGCGGGCAAGGCGAAAAUGGCAGCAAAGAAGCAAGAAGAAGCGGCGCUGAAGCAGGAAGCUUCGAAGCAGGAGACCGCAAAGCAGGAAAUCAAGGUGGAAGCGAAGGAGAAGACAAAACAAGAGUGA